AUGGACAAGCCUCCACCUCCUGCAAAGUCUGACUCGUUGGAUUCGACGUGGUCCAAGUUACUGCAAGGUGAUCCCGAACACUUCACUGGAGUGGGCCAGACAUCAUUUUGGCCAAUGCUUCACGCUGCAUCCAAGUUUGAGGACGAUGAUGAUGAAUCCGACGAGAGCGACAGUACUGAAUCAAAGCCAAUGACGAGCGAUGGACCGGAUCAGGAAGACGGAUCCGAACCCGAACCCCCAAGCAGGGAACCGAACCCGAUCGACGAUGGCAGUGUGUUUGGCCGUUUAGGACAACUCGCUGUCAACUCGUACAAUUUACCCCCUGUGGCGUAUAUGAAUGAAGAACCACAUUUGUCGCCAGCCCCUCGUCCCACCAGUACUGACCCAAGCUUGGCGUUGAAAGUGAUCCAAACAGAGUUUGGCAAAUUCACGAGAGAAGGUGAAGAGGAGGUCCUCAUCAAAGAAUCAGACGCGGCCUUGCUAUCAGAUACUACAAUCCUAGGCAUGGUCCAUGUUACUUCACAUCGAGUAACAUUUCAUGCGUCUCUUCUAUCCACUCGCCCCGACUUGGCGCCCAAACCAGACGUCAUAAAGUCUGGAACCAUCAUCUUCCGGAAAUCCUUCCAUCGAAAACAACGACGAUGGUUAGAACUCUCUCACGAUAUGCUCUCUUUGUAUAAAGAUUCUUCGGAGGGAUCACGGAUCCGUCCAUUGAGGUCGAUUUUGCUUUCGGGCGUCUUGAAGGUUCUUGAUUAUGACAGUUCGGAGCCGACUUCGAUGUCACUGCUCUUCGACAAAGAGAAAGGGCCAAUGACUGCGCGUUUCGAGUUUGACACUAGUGAAGCCGCAAUCGAUUGGCAUCGCGAAAUCAAAGAUGCUGUCUUCAUGUACAGACAGCGUCGGGACGACCACCUCUAUGGAGACCAACUUUGUUCUGAGGCCAAACGCGAGGCCGGUAUCAGGACUUGUAUCCCCCUCCAUCGCAUCGAAUCAACUUCGUGCCAACCAUUUCUGGAUAUUGGGAUCCUGAUCAGCUUCACUAUCUCACAGGAGCAAACAAACGAUAUGCUGGGGGAUACCCGUCCCACCGCUUCAUGGAUGCGUGAUUUCAAAGUUCUUGUUGUUCAGAAACCGGGUGCGGGAUAUGUUCUUGCGGACAUUGUCAAGAAGCGGAAGGAGGAGCUUUCCCUCAGGCCCGAUCUCCCACUACCGGCCCAAGCGAAUAUUGUUACUCUUGAUUUUGGCCCGUACGUUUCCAUCUCGUAUGACGAUCGUUGGCUUAUCUUGUACCACUCCAGUCUGUCAUUCGCUGAUGAUUCAGAGAGAGGAUUAGCCGAUGCGUCCUCCAAGGGAAGCAUUUCUUUGAAGAGCACCCCCGAAACCCGUGAAGCCGCACUCGAGCGUAAAAUGAGAACGACUUUUGCGCUAAAACCUGAUGCCGAGUUGUUUAUUCACCGGGCUUGGCUGCAAGGGCGAAUAUGCUGUGCAGGAUAUUUAGUUGUCAGCCAAGACUACAUUUGCUUCUGGAGUAAAUCAUACACCAGUUCCAAUAUACGUUUGCGAUAUCCUACGAAGGAUGUGAACGAAGCAAAAGCACAUCCUUCAACCCUAUUUGGUCAUCACUCCCUCAGCAUUGAAAUAAAGGGUCAUCAAGUGAUCCACUUCGCUCUCAGCGGACAGCACGUUCGGGAUAACUACAUUAGGAGAAUCAAUUCAGUCAGAGACAGAGCCCUGAGCCGCGCCCCUACUCUACCUUCCCUCCCUCGAGCGGAUACUUCGCUUUCCAGUGACUUGGAUGCUAGCUCCUCCGCGUCCGAAACACUCCAUAGGUCGGCUAGUUCAUCUUCGAGCGAAUUGACCAGCAUUGCAUCCGAUCCCAAGACGCCGGAAUCGGCUGAACCAACUCACGAUGCCUUCAGAGCUACUCAAACAUUUGCAUCAUUAUCCAGCGUCCUGACUCUGCAGGAUAUGACUAAGGACGCGCUUGCCAUUAUACCUAAACCUAUCAAUGUGCCAAGGGAUAUGCUGCCUCCCAUGAGAAGCCGUCAUUUUGUGUGUCUAACCAUUGGGAGUCGGGGCGAUGUUCAACCCUAUAUUUCACUUUGCCGAGGACUUAUUGCUGAAGGACAUACAGCCACUAUCGUCACACAUGAAGAAUACAAGGAUUGGGUAACUGGAUUUGGCGUUAACCACCGCACUGCUGGCGGCGAUCCGACUGCUCUCAUGAAACUCAGCGUCGAGCAUUCUUUAUUUUCUCCGCACUUUUUCAGAGAAAGCAUUGGCCAGUUCCGAGGGUGGCUUAACGAUUUGUUGAAUGAUUCCUGGAAUAAUUGCCAGGAUGCGGACGUCUUGAUCGAGAGUCCAUCCGCAAUGGCGGGUGUCCACAUUGCUGAGGCUUUAAGUAAGCAUGGUCCCCGCCACUUUCUCUCGAAACUUGACCCUUUCGCAGAUAUACCGUACAUCCGAGCAUUCACUAUGCCAUGGACAAGAACAUCCGCGUAUCCCCAUGCAUUUCUCACCCCACCUGUGGAGAUAUCUGGAUCCUUUAAUUAUUCUACCGGUCUGGACCUUAAACAUCGUAGAUAUGUGAUUUUUGAUAACAUAUUUUGGACGGCAAUGUCAGGUCAAGUCAACCGUUGGCGGAAGAAGGUAUUGCAGAUACCGAAAACUGACCUCGAAACGCUUGCGCAGACAAAGAUUCCCUUCAUCUACAACUUCUCUCCAUCUGUCGUUCCGAAACCCCUCGAUUGGUCCGACCUCAUUACGGUAUCAGGGUACUGGUUUCUCGAUAAUCCGGAUUUGAAGUGGACGCCAUCACCUGAACUGCUGGAGUUCAUAGCGAAGGCCAAGCAUGAUGGUGUUCCACUUGUCUACAUUGGCUUUGGAUCCAUUGUUGUUCCAAAUCCUCACGCAAUGACGCGCUCCAUUUAUAAAGGAGUCAUCAAAGCUGGGGUUCGUGCUAUCAUCAGCAAAGGAUGGUCGGAUCGUUUAUCCAAGGAUAAGAACGCGGAACCAUUACCAGUCCCUCCUGAAUGUUUCUCCCUGGACAAGGUGCCGCAUGAUUGGCUCUUUCCUCAAUUGGAUGCGGCUUUACAUCACGGUGGUGCUGGAACAACUGGCGCCAGUCUGCGAGCGGGGAUACCCACCCUCAUCAAGCCCUGGUUCGGGGACCAAUUCUUUUGGGCAACCCGUGUUCACAAGCUUGGCGCUGGACUGCGCAUAGAUAACCUUGGCAGCUCGGAUAUUUCUGCUGCAUUGAUUAAGGCCACGUCUGAUCGUGUGAUGAAGGAGAAGGCGGCCGCAGUGGGCGAGAAAGUCCGAAUGGAGGACGGUGUCCAUCACGCCAUCCGAGCUAUAUAUACAUACAUGGAUCGUGCCGCUCACAGACGCACCUCAUUGUGA